UGUCUUGGACAGACACCUAGGAACAUCUAAGUGAUCGAACUGCAUCUUGACAAAAAGCACUUCUUUUAACUCUAAAGUUUUUAAUUUUUUUAAGUGAAGUCUACAAGAUAUAGAUUGUCAACUAUACAAGCCUUUGGUGUAAAAAGGAUGAAGUGAGUGGAGCUAAAAUCAACCAGCCCUUGUAAUUACAGUCUACAGAUUGUAGUUAACAAAGUGCUCGGUGUGAUUUUAUUCAGAUGACUACUGGCAAUACUUUUGUCAAAGAACUUUAUAAGCUUUAAAAACAAAAAAGGCAUCUGCUGUUUAGUGCUACUUAAUGCACAUUUGUGCUGUGCAUGAUCUGUCUUUCCAAAUGCUAUGCAUAUUGACUUCGACUACUAAAAUAAGCCCAAGUAGACUUAAUUGAACACAUCCUCAACGCUGUUAUGUGUAAGGAAUUCCGUUGCAAUUGUCCUGGAGAAAGUGAAAACGUGUUAAGUGUCCUAGUGUUAUUUGCAAUCGGAAUUCCAGUAUGUCCUGUGUUACCAAGUACUGAGUGGAACUCUCCAAGUUGUCAUAAUGGCCGCCAGCAAUGAAAGUAUCAACAAACUCCAAGACGACGUCUUGAACUCCAUCCAGUCACUCAUAAGUUCUUGCGGUGGAGAAUGUAAUGCUAAUACACUACAAAAUGACUACAAAGAGCUUUUAGGUUCAGAUGUCCCAAUUAGGAAGUUUAACCAUGGAACUUUUGCCAGCUUUUUACUUGCUCAUCCAAAAGUUUUUGUUUGUACCAACAAAGGUGGUCAACUCUUUGUCAGAUUGAAAGAUGAUAAAUAUGCCUCUCACAUAGCCAAAUUUGCAAGAGAACAGAAGAAAGCCACUCGCAAAAUCAAAGGGAAACCAAAGCCUGGGAGAAGACCUGUCUUUUCAUCUUGGAUGCCAGCUCAUGACAUCAGGCAGAUUAGUGCAGACAUUCAUCAAAACUGGCGUGAACCUUUCAGACCUAUCCAAACUACCACAAAUAUUCCACGUUCAAAGAAUCCAAAGUCAACCGAGAGAAGACUCUACGUUCCUCCGCAAAGGCAGUUCGGGAAACCCAGAUCACAGGCACCACCAAGGCGACCAGAAAAUCCUCAGGCUAUUACUAAAGGUACACCAUCAAAUAAGCCGAGGUUGUUUCCACAGCCUGACAAGCCUAAAUCACCUCCACCGGGGAAGCCAAAGUCUCCGCCACCAAACAGUACCAAACCACAAGUGAAUACAAAUGCAAAAUCAAAAUCUCCGCCAGCAGUAAAUGUUAGAUCUCCUCUGUUGCCUACACCACCAAUACCAAAGACUAAUCCUUCAGCCCUGUACUAUAACGAUGGUAAUUUCAGUUUUCCAAGGGCCAUUCGAGAUAAUCAAGAUAAGCAGUAUGCUCCAUACUUUGAGGUCCCUCCACGUUUCAAGAAAACGGAGAACAAGCCUGUCAUUAAAACAUUCAAGCAAACUUUAGAGGAGGAGAUCAAGAAGAAAGGCAUCAAGCAGGAUUUGGUUUUUCGGUCCAUUCCCUGUGGCAAGAAGACACAACACUGGGUCUCUGUCGUUAAUAUAAACGGUACCUCCGUGAGUAGUUACCCAGGGGAAUAUACAAAUGUUCAGGAAGCUGAGGAAGAAGUGUCUCGCAAAGCGCUCGAAGUUUUGAAACAACAAGAGGAAACUCGGUACCCAGUAACUGGUGACCUGAAGACCUCAAUUGAUCGGGUGGAAAAGAUUCUAAGCUGUGAGACUGAUGGAGUGGUGUGGUUGGAUCUUGUCCAGAACCUGUACAAGGAGAACUACCAUGAAGUUUUACCUGACAACUGGGCCAAGGAAGUGGAAAAGUAUAAUAAAGAGAAUAAAAUUAAGUAUGGUGUUGUUGUCGAUAACCCUGUGUUAGACAAAUGGACUGUCCAAUUAAAGCAGCAGGAAACUUCAAAAACUACUCCAUAUUUUACUCAGCCUGCAGAAUCCGAAGUCACUUCAGCCAUGUAUGAAAAUUUCCGUCAGCAGUAUAUCACUAGUGCAUAUUCCCAAGAAACAGAAGAAAUGCAGAGCAUUCAUUACCCAUUGCAAGAUAAUAUGAACAUAGUGAAUGGAAUUGGUGGGAUGAACAUCAUGGAAACAAAGGAAGCUGAAGAUUCAGAGCUCCUGCCAAGUUUAGAGUUGCCCUUGACCAACUAUUGGGAUAUAUAUGUUACUUACAUAGAAGACCUCAGCAGAGUUCAUUUCCGCUUGAUCGGAGAAAGUUAUAAUGGUGCUUAUGAAGAUAUGAUAACAGAAAUGGAGCUCUAUUACAUGGAGGACAAGAACAAGACCCGAGUGUCCGAACCAAAGAAAGGGCACAUUUAUGCUGCUGCCCACGAUGAUUCUUGGUGCAGGGUGAAAGUCUUGAAAAUUUCAGGAAAUGAAGCUACUGUUUGUUUCUUUGACCAUGGGGAUGAAGAAGACAUCAAUACAUCACAACUCUAUGAACUAAAUGAGAAAUUCAAGGAACUACCAGCUCAGGCUGUCUGCUGUUCUUUGGCAGGCCUUGAAUUUGGUGGAAAAGAUCAAGCUUCCCUGAGUCUUUUGCAGAACUUGGCACUAGGACAAACUCUAGUGGCACAAGUGAUGUCUCGUGGAAAUACUAUAUCGUUAGUAUUGUAUAACACUGCCACUGAUGAUGAUGUUAACAUAAAUGAAAAGGUUUCUGAACAAAUGGAUCGCAGCUUUAUAGAACCUACUCUUCCAGCAGUUGGUGGUGUAGCUGAGGUGUAUUUGAUUCAUACAACGUCUACUGGUGAUGUGUAUGUGCAGAUUGAAACUGAAACAUAUAAAAUACUACAGAGUCUUCUAGAAAUUGCACGUAGUCGAACUGCUGAGAUUCUUGGUGAGGAUGCUAAGAUUGACCUUACUCGACUUUAUUUGGCUCGCUUCACAGAAGAUGGAGAAUGGUACAGAGCAGCUCCAAGGGCAAAUGUUGAUCCCAAUGGAAAGGUUCUGAUGUGGUUUGUGGAUUUUGGUAACUAUGACCAAGUGCCGACUACGAGCAUAAGGCCACUGGAGGUGAAUGACAAGCUAACCAAAAUACCACACCAGGCCUUGCUCUGUCGUCUACAUAAUGUACCGUCUACAGAAGGUCUCCAAUGGACAAGCCGUGCAUGUCAGCGAAUCAUUGAACUUAUUCCAGAGGAUUCUCCACUACUUCUCAAGGUACAUGCUAGCGGUUGUAAUGGUGGACCUCCUGUAGUCGAACUCUUCAAGAGAUUGUCAGCAACUAAUGAACUUGUUUCAAUCAACGCCACGCUGAGUAUGGAUGAAUCUCUGUUUAGUGCGACAGGUGACAGCAACAACAACAGCUUGAGAAAAGAGAUUGUGCUCUCUCCCUCGCGCAUGAAGAACAGGAGUGGAUCCUCUGCCAGUAUUACCUCAGGCAGCUCAGGUAUGAAUUCAGGACCCUCAUCCAUGAACAGCCAGCAUGAACUUAAUUCACGUGCGUCGUCUCCGUUGGAAAGGAGCAAGAGGUUCCAACAGCCUGGAUCCUUGUUGCCAAUGGACUUACCAUCCAUUGGAGAAUUUUUCGAUGUCUAUGUCACUUAUGCUGCUAGUCCUUCAAACUUUGCUGUGCAGCCAUGGAAAAUGUCUCGCAAAGUUACUGACUUAAUGGAAGAGAUGCAGAGAUAUUAUUCUACUGAAACCAAUUUGAAAUCUGAUACAGAUUUCAAAGUUGGAGGAUAUUUUGCUGUUAAGCACAGUGACAGCAAUUGGUACAGGGCAUACCUGACCAUGGCUAAUGAGGGCAUCGUCAGUGGUCUUUUUGUGGAUUUUGGAGAUUGUUUUGUAGUCACACAAGAUUGUGUUCAGCCAUUACCUUCUGUCUUCCGUUGUCUUCCUUGCCAAGCAAUCAAAGCUAAAUUAGCAGGAGUUGCUGCAGCAAACCUUGAUUGGCGACCUGAAGAUUCUUACCGUUUCAAAGAACUCGUACAAUACCGUGAACUGGUUUCCAUCAUCACCAACAUUGAACAAGACAAAGAAACUUCCGAAUACAUACUUUCCCUUCGCCUGGUUGAUACUUCAGAUCCACAGUUGGAUGUGUAUAUUGAUGAGAUAUUAAUAAGUGAAACGAGAGCAAUAAAGCUAAAUGAAUGAUGUAUUAGUAUUUUAUGCUAAAAAUGAGGACAAUACAUAAUGUGAAGUUACAGUUCAGUAUUUUAUGUAUGGUUCUGUUUGGUUACCUCCUACGCUUAGAUAUAUACUUUAAUACAGAAUAUAUUAUUAUACAUAUACAUUUAUACUCCCCAGCGGUGACUUGCGGCCGCUGUAGUUUAUAAAAACGAAAGCGACAAUAAGGUAGCUUUAUUUGCAAAUUUAUAUAGGAUUGUUUUAUUUUUUUAUAAUACUUUAUAAUCAACCAAUACUUUAAGAGGAAGUUUAAUUUUUUAUAAAAACCUGAGGUUAAUUUUUAUAUAACCAGUACUCUUAAGAGAAAUUGUUUAUCAGUACAUUUAAUCAACUUGUUAAAAUUUGCUACAAGAGAAAUUGUUUAUCAGUACAUUUAAUCAACUUGUUAAAAUUUGCUACAAGAGAAAUUGUUUAUCAGUACAUUCAAUCAACUUGUUUCCAUUUGCUGCAUAGGGAAACAGAGUAAUCGAUAUAAAGUUUCAGUCUGAUUAUAGUGAAUCUCAGUGUUUUGCUUGUGAUGGUUCUGUAGCUUACAUUACUGCAAUGCACUGGAUGUGGACUUCAGGCAGCUUGUUAAUGCACCAUGUCCAUUUACUUGAGAACCAUAGCAUAGCAGGUAAAAGGCAAAGCACAUCAGAGUGAAACAGCUUUGAUGUACUUUUGCAAAUAAGGACAUUGUUGUUGAUAAAUACUUGGGCUCCUUAUUUUCGUUGGCAUCUACAAUAAUAUAUGCCUUACGUAUAACAGUUAUUGCAUGUAAAAAAUAAAAAAAAAAUUGCAUAAUAAAAAAAUAAAUUACAGCAUUACAGCAACUACUUAUUAACAUUUUCUACUAUGAUUUUUUUUUCAGUAUGACAAGUUUAGCCUAGUCAUGUAACAUUGUAUAUUUACAAGAAACUUUUUUGUUUUGCAUUUUUUACAUUGUCUGUCAUAAAUAUUUAUUAUCUGGCUGGAUUUUGAUUGUAAAUAUCUUUGCCAAAGACUUAUGUUUUUUUUUCAUCUCAGGUCUAGGUUGAAAUAAUUUUUGUACUUUGAUUUUCUGUGUCAAAUUCACUUAAUAUUUGUUAGCUAAACUGCAAGGCAUUUGUUAUAAUGAGCUGCAGUCAUUUCAUGUGAUAAAACCCUCAUGAAAUGCUCGAAAUACAGUCAUUUUCUUUUUGUAAAGGGUGUUACAUAAAUCCAUGGAUGGUAGUUAAUACAUGAAAGUUUGUCAGGCCAUUAAAUCCUAAGGAUAACAAUAUUUGGCAUCUGGUUUGCUACUUGAAAUUGAAUAGUUGUUGUUUAUAGUAAUAUGAUGUGGAUAUCAUUAUCAUGGACCUGUGCAGCAUCAGUUAAUUUGUUUGGUUCACUGCAUGGUUAAUAGUUACUUGGAUAUGCACAAAUACAUGGUUUAUGAUAUUAACUAAAAUUUAAUAAAAAAAAAUCCUCAUAUCAUUUACCAGUCUUAUCUAGCAGCUUUGUAAUUGCCAAUGGCAGUACCAGUGUUUCCCAUAUAUAUAUAUAUAUAUAUAUACGUAUAUAUACAAAUAAUACAUGAUAUACUGUAUUAGUAACCUUGGUAAAAAAUGGUUUGAGUCUGAAAGUCAAGAUAUUUCUUUUAACUUUCUUACACGUGUUACAUAACCAAAACAUUAUUUGUGAUACGUUUGCUAACAAGUUUUACCAAACAAAAUGGAAUAAAAAUUGCAUAAACAUGAAAA